AUGGCGACCAACGAAGGCGAACCCUUGCCCGAGAAGGCACGUAUGUCUGAUAAGAACUUGCACGAAGUUAGCUCCGAUGCGGGUGAAGUUUCCCCGGAAAUCAACGAGAGAGCUCUCCUACGCAAGCUGGACGGCAAUCUCCUACCUGCCGUGGGACUGCUCUACCUCCUCUCGUUCCUCGAUCGGUCCAAUGUCGGCAAUGCAAGAAUCGAGGGUCUAACUACGGAUGUGCAUAUGACUGGAAACGAGUACUUGACGGGCUUGACUGUUUACUUCAUCGGCUACGUUCUAUUUGAGAUUCCAUGCAACAUCAUCCUGAAGAAGACGACCCCACGCAUCUGGCUUCCCACACUAACAGUGGCAUGGGGAAUCGUCGCGACUCUGAUGGGCGUCGUCACCAGCCUUCCCGGCUUCCUCGUCUCUCGUUUCUUCCUCGGCGUCACUGAAAGUGGACUCUUUCCCGGCGUGGUUUACUACUUCUCCAUGUGGUACAAGCGGCGUGAGCGACAAUACCGAAUCUCGCUCUUCUUCUCUGGCGCAGCUCUGGCAGGAGCUUUCGGUGGUCUGCUCGCGUACGGAAUUGGACACAUGCGAGUUGUUUGGGAUAAUGGUUGGAGGUGGAUCUUCAUCUUGGAGGGCAUUUUGACGGUUUUGGUAGCCAUCGGAGCCUACUGGUUUAUCCAAAACUACCCCGAUACCGCGACAUUUGUCAACGAUAAGGAGCGGGAAUUCAUUCGUGCCCGUCUUGCUUCGGACAGCGACGCCACCCUCGACGAAAAAUUUACUUGGGCAAGCGUUGUCGAGGCUCUUAAAGAUCCAAAGUGUUGGCUGUAUGGCUUUGGCUUCCAUACUACCAGCCUACCUCUUUAUACAUUCUCUCUUUUCCUGCCUACAAUCAUCAACAAUCUUGGCUACAAGGCAGCUAUUGCGCAGCUCCUGACCGUUCCUCCGUAUGCGUUCGCCUUCAUAACGACCCUCACGACAGCCGUUGUAUCCGAGAGAGUCGGCCGACGUGCGCCUUUCAUCAUGGGUUCCGCCCUAUUCGCCAUCAUCGGCUAUGCAAUCCUUCUUUCCAAUACCGAUCCCGUGGGCCGACCGGGCGUUUCAUAUCUAGGUACCUUUUUCGCGGCCGGAGGCAUCUUCCCCGCCGUGGCGCUGGUCCUCUCCUGGCCCGCCAUCAACAUCUCAGGACAGACCAAGAGGGCUGUGGGGAAUGCUAUGCAGAUCAGCAUCGGUAACCUCGGAGCGGUUUUGGGCACUCAGCUGUAUCGCGCGGGAGACGGGCCCCGGUAUAUCGUGGGACAUUCGUUUGCUCUGGGCUACCUUGCGGCCCAUAUCGUCGUCGCAGGUUUGCUCUGGCAUAUCUUGAAGAGAGAGAAUGAGCGUCGUGCAGAGAUCGCAGAGGAGGUUAAAGCUGUCGGAGACUUGGAUGAUUGGCGAGGAGAUUCGGAUCCACGAUGGCGCUUCCAGUACUAG